AUGGAACUCAUCAAGGAUCUCCCCGACCGCCUCCUCUUCGCCAUCCCUAAGAAGGGCCGCCUCCACAGCGCUUGUCUCUCCCUCCUCGAGGGCGCCGACAUUCAGUUCCACCGCAAGAACCGUCUCGACAUUGCCCUCGUCAAGAACCUCCCCAUCGCCCUCGUCUUCCUUCCCGCUGGCGAUAUCGCCAAAUUCGUCGGUGAGGGUAACGUCGACCUCGGUAUCACCGGCCAGGACAUGGUCGCCGAGGCGGAAGCCCAGGACAAGGUCACAGAGAUUCUUGAGCUAGGCUUUGGCAAGUGCAGACUCUGUGUCCAGGUCCCUGUCAAGAACGGUGCUGCCUCGGUCGAUGAUCUCGUCGGAAAGAGAAUCGCUACCAGUUUUGAGGGUAUCUCCAAGAAUUUCUUUGACGAAGUCGACGCCAAGGUUGCUGCUGCCAACGGAACUGUUGGAACCGACGCGCAAAAGAAGACCGAGUUGGUCUUUGUCAGUGGAUCUGUCGAAGCUGCUUGUGCUCUCGGACUCGCUGAUGGCAUUGUCGAUUUGGUCGAGUCAGGAGAGACGAUGCAGGCUGCUGGACUUCACGAUAUCGUCACCAUCCUCUCCUCACAGGCUGUGCUCAUCGCAUCCAAAAAGCCAUCGCACCCCGACUUGGUUCAGACCAUUGCUGGACGGAUAAAGGGAGUCAUCGCCGCCCAAAAGUACGUCUACAUCAACUACAACGUCGAGCGCAAGCACCUCAAAGAGGCCUCCCUCAUCACUCCCGGUCGUCAGGCUCCUACGGUCUCCCCUCUCGAGAACCCAGAGUGGGUUGCCGUCAGCUCCAUGGUCCUCAAGCACAACGUAGCCCAGACCAUGGACGAUUUGGAGGCCAUCGGUGCUCGCGACAUCCUCCUGUUUGCCAUCCAGAACUGCCGUGUGUAA